UUUAUAGUAUUAAAUGAUCAGAAAAUUUCCUAUCAAUUUAAAUAUUGAUAUACAAAUGAUAACACAUGUGUUCAAUAAAUUUAUGUUAAAAUUACUUGAAUUAUUUUCAAUUGUUUUAUAUUAAAAUAAAGUAAAAAUGAAUGUAAUCUCUAAAAGAUAUUCUAAUAUUACUUUAAUUUCCAGAAAUGUAUUGAAUGAAAAUUUUGUCAUCAGAUCUAAAACUAAAAUAUUAUUAAACAAUGUUAGAGAAGCACAUAAUGUAAAGGCAUUGAAGAGAGUGUUGAUUGCAAAUCGUGGAGAAAUAGCGGUUCGGAUAAUGAAAACGACCAGAAAGUUAGGUAUUGAGACAAUAGCUGUUUAUUCAGAUGCCGACAGACAUUCAUUACAUACAAAAUUGGCGGAUCAGUCCUACUAUAUCGGUGGCUCCCAAUCCAAUCAAAGCUAUUUAGACAAACAAAAAAUAAUUAACACCGCGAUUGCCGCCAAUGUUUGUGCUAUACAUCCCGGGUAUGGCUUUCUCUCAGAAAAUGCAGAGUUUGCUGAUAUGUGUGACAAACAUAAUAUUAUAUUUAUUGGACCGAAAGCUGAUGCCAUAAGAGAUAUGGGCAUAAAGUCUACAUCUAAAGUUAUUAUGUCAAAUGCAGGAGUUCCAGUUGUUCCCGGAUAUCAUGGAGAUGAACAAAAUGAUGACUAUUUGUUAGAAGAAGCUAUCAAAAUAGGAUUUCCAGUUAUGAUUAAAGCAAUUAGAGGUGGAGGUGGAAAAGGUAUGCGAACUGCACUAAAGGAAAGUGAUUUUAAAGAGCAAUUAGAGUCCGCCAGAAGGGAAGCCAUCAAAUCAUUUGGUGACGACUCGAUGCUUAUCGAAAAAUUUGUGUCAAAUCCCAGACAUAUUGAAGUUCAAGUGUUUGGCGACUCAUUUGGAAAUUAUGUUCACCUCUUUGAAAGAGAUUGUUCAGUACAAAGAAGACAUCAAAAGAUUAUAGAAGAAGCGCCGGCACCGCACAUAACACCACAAACUCGACAAGAGUUAGGUAUGGCUGCUGUCAAAGCUGCUAAAGCUGUUAAUUAUUUGGGCGCCGGAACCGUUGAGUUUAUUUAUGAUACAAAAGAGUCAAAAUUUUAUUUUAUGGAAAUGAAUACUCGUUUACAAGUAGAGCAUCCAAUCACUGAAAUGAUUUCGUCAACUGAUUUGGUUGAGUGGCAGCUAAGGGUUGCUGCGGGAGAGCCGUUACCACUCAAACAAAGUGAUCUCACAAUAAACGGACACUCAUUUGAAGCCCGAAUUUAUGCUGAAGAUCCUGAAAAUAAUUUUAUGCCCGGAGCCGGUCAAGUGACUCAAAUAAAAACUCCCGUUCCUUCAUCGGAUGUAAGAAUAGAAACUGGUGUCAGAUCUGGUGAUGAGGUAUCAGUACAUUACGAUCCCAUGAUUGCCAAACUUGUAAUUUGGGGACACAAUAGAGACAAUGCUCUGAAUAAAUUGAGACAAUGUCUAAAUGAAUACAAUAUUGUUGGACUUAAAACAAAUGUUGAUUUUUUGUUGAGACUUACAAAUCAUCGGGAAUUUAGAAACGGAAACGUUUACACAGAUUUCAUCAAAGAUUACUUUAAUGACUUGUUUGCCAAAACAGAGACAACAAAUGAGAUGUUGUGUUCAGCAGUUAUGGCACUUAUUUUACAAGAAAAAGUAUCGCUAAUGAAUCGCCAAAAUAUUUCUUGUGAACCAUUGUCUCCAUUCAAUUCAUGUGAUAACAAACGUCUUCAUGAAAUACCAAUCUUUCGAUACAUUAAUUUAGUUGAUUCCCAACAAACGUCUUUUGAAAUUAAAGUGAAACUCAAUGUCGACAAAACAUUUCAAUUGACUGUUGGUAAUCAUAUAAUUGAUAAUAUUGAAGCUGAUUAUGACUUAGACUCUAAUAAUUUAAUUAUUGAUUUAAAUGGCAUUAAAAAGAAACAAAGAGUUCUAAUAACAGACAAUCAAAUAUCUAUUUUCAGUAAAGAGGGAUCAAAUAGUUUUAAUCUAAUAAUUCCUGAAUAUUUGCGGACACAAAGUGCAGAAUCGGAAUCGGAUUGCAAAUCAAUAUUGUCUCCAAUGCCUGGAAUUAUCGAUAAAAUUCUUGUAUCUGAAGGCCAGGCCGUCAAAAGUGGAGACAAUCUUCUAGUUAUGAUAGCCAUGAAAAUGGAGUACGUUAUCAAAGCCAAUGCCGAUGUAGUCAUCGAUAAAUUAUUAUACAAACCGGGAGAUAAUGUCCCAAAAGGUGCACAACUAUUAAGUUUUAAACAAUAA